AUGUCGUCCAACCAAGAUGUCCCCCAGCUCGGGUUCUGGGAAAAAGCAGAUAUUCCAUUCCUGCACCUAUCAAUGUACGCCAGCAUGGUGUAUGCUGCCAUUACUGGUGUUUUUCGGGGUAAAGCCAGCCCCAAGCGCUACGAUCACCAUGUCCUGUCAGCUGUGAUUCGGAAAAUCGUUGAUCGGAGGUCGGAUAGGCAGACACAGUAUCUCAGUCUGUCGACUUCAGCUGCCUACGAAAGUAUCAUGAAAAAGCGCGGUCUCCAACCCGAAACCGUCGCACUCCCCCACAACACCGAGGGCCACUGGAUCGGAAACAAGGACGCCAAGAAUGUGAUCGUAUACUACCACGGCGGCGGUUUCGCCAUGCCUGCCAUCCCGACCUACUUCGAAUUCUGGCUGGAGAUGCUAAAAGCCUUGAACGAAACCGGCCACGACCUAGCCGUCUUCUUCCCGCGGUACACGCUAACCCCACACGCAACAUACCCAACCCAGCUCCGCCAAGCCGUCGAAGCCCUGCGCUACAUCAUCAACGAGACUGGCCGCUCACCAGCCAACGUGAUUAUCGGCGGGGACUCCGCGGGCGGGAACCUUACCGCAGCGACAUUGCUGCACCUGUCCCACCCGCACCCGGAGAUCGAGCCGCUGGCGCUCCUGGCGCCCUUGGCGGGCGCCUUUACGUAUGCGCCCUGGAUUAACUUUAGUACGGAGUGGCCAUCGAUGAAAGAUAACCUGUGGAAGGAUAUUGUUACGCCGGAGGCCUUGACGAGGUGGUCUGCUUCUUACCGCGCGGAUAGACCGGCGGAUAAUUGGAAUGAGCCGUUUAAUGCGCCGGCUGAGUGGUGGGAUGGUGCUAAGACGGAGAGGAUUUUGGUUCUUGCUGGUGGGGAUGAGAUCUUGCUUUCGCCUAUUCAGGAGUUUGUGAAGAAGAUUAAGUCGGUUUUUGAAGAGAUUACUUUUGUCGUUGGGUAUGAUGAGUCGCAUGAUGCGCCGUUUUAUACUAUGGUUAAGGAGGAGACUCAGACUGGUUCGGAGUUGCGGCAAUGGUUGGCUGCCCGGCUGUGA